AUGAUAACCGGGACCACCUACCAGCACAACCACCGAACGAUUGACGAACCUGCGGCCGACGAACGUACACGAAAACCUUCAUCCUUUGGUUUAGUCCAAGUCUUCUCUGAACAGGCGUCACCCAGCCUCGGGUGUCAGGACAAAUUCAUUGAAGACGCGGAUCAGGAUAACCAGGAUGACCCACCACAACAACUCACCGACCUCCACGGUCUUGAUCCUUCGGUUUAG